CCUUUACGUUUGGCCUUUGCCAGGGUAUAAAAAGCUUGGCUCUAGCUCUGACUGGACCAGCACGAGCCAGCCUCCUUCACACGCCACUGCAAGCUGUACUAACGCAGACUCUACUGAAGCCCCUCGCCAUGUCUCAGACCGCCAAGUCCGCCUCCAGCCAGAGCGCUGAUACCAAGGACAAGGGAGCCCCAGCUCCAGCUGCCACCAGCAAGCCCACCAAGACCGGGGAGCCUGGCAUGGGAUCCUACAGAAUCCUGCUGUUCGACCAGGAGAACUUCCAGGGCAGGAUGAUGGAGGUCAUGGACGAGUGCAUGAACGUGUGUGACCGUGGCAUGGACAGAGUGCGCAGUCUGAUUGUGGAGAGCGGCCCCUUCGUUGCCUUCGAGCAGACCAACUUCCGUGGCGAGAUGUUCAUCCUGGAGAAGGGAGAGUAUCCUCGCUGGGAUACCUGGAGCAUGUCCUACCGCAGCGACUGCCUCAUGUCCCUCAGGCCCAUCCGCAUGGACAGCCUGGAGCACAAGAUCUGCCUCUUCGAGCUCUCUGACUUCAAGGGGAACAAGAUGGAGAUUCAGGAGGACGACGUCCCUACCCUCUGGGCGCAUGGCUUCUGUGACAGAGUGGGCAGCGUGAGGGUGCCAGGAGGAGCCUGGGUGGGUUACCAGUACCCCGGAUACAGAGGCUACCAGUACCUGUUUGAGUGCGGUGACUACAGACACUACAACGACUUCUGCGCCUUCCAGCCCCAGAUCCAGUCGGUGCGCCGUAUCAGGGACAUGCAGUUCCACCAGAGAGGAUGCUUCACCUUCACCUCUGCCAGCAAGUGAAACCCGCCUGCUGAUCAUCUGGUGAUGCUGUAGCUCUCUCAGCAUUUUAUUUCUCCAAACCUCUUCUUACUCCAAUUCUCUGGUCCUUUCCUCGACCUCUACCACUGUUGCUCCAUCCUAAAGGAAAGUGAGAUUGAGAGCGACACACUGGACAUCCUUAAGUGACUUUUUAUGGUGCUAAAAAAUAAACGUGAAAAAUCGA